CGCACUUAACGACGAUUGAUUGUUUCUAUUUGACCCUAAUGGUUAUGAAACGGAUGCCUCAAUUAAAAAUUAAAGAAAAGAAAUUGGCCCACAACAAAUAUUCCUAAAAAUGAAUGCAGGUUGGGUGAAAAAUAUACGGUACACUGCUGUUCCUGUGCUGUCCGAAUUCCAGACCAAAUCAUUUAAACAAUAUAAACAAUGGGCUUGCGGUUUCCAAAUGCUUCAGAGAGCAAAUCUUGCUUAUGCAAAGGAACUGAAAAAAGUUGCUAAGGAGCUUGGGAACACCUUGAAAGAAGGCCAGUUGGACUUCCGACUGAUAGACUGCAUCGGAAACUUUUGCAAGACGUUGGACACUGUGGCUGACAUAGUGUCCUCCUGCUGGCAGGAUUACUCUUCUCCGACCCAGCCGUACCACGAAUACGUCAGUAUAACUGAUGCCAAAGAAAAGGAUAUUGAAAAGAAGCGCCAGAAAUGCACCAAGAUUCACAAGGAUAUGGAACAAAAACUGGACAUCGAGAGAAAGAAAUACGAGAAAUCGUUUCGCGAGUACCACACGACCCUUCAGAGGAUGUCCCAGACAAAGGACGAAGAGAUGGACACGGUCGUCAUAUCGACUCUUAACCAGGCACACAGCCGGAUGGACGUGGCGAGCACCAAGUACCAGUCGACGAAUAUCAAAGAAACUCAGAAAAGAGAGGACUUCAAGGAGGAGAUGCAACAGCUGCGUCAGGAGUGGUUAACUAACGAGUACAUGAAGCUCACUCGCCUGAUCAAGGUGUUUGAAGACGCUAUCGACAGGAUGGUCAAGACGACGCAUACUGUUAGCAGUGGCAGUUCUCGAAUGUUGGACGAUUGCAUUACCGAGUUUACCGAUGUGGAUGUUCAGAAAAUUGUCGAAACCAGCUUGAGACAAAAAGAAAAGCAAUGCGUUUUGCACGAAUAUUUGGGUGACACUAGCCCCGUCACACUAGAGCGAAGCAUUUACUGGACGAAACCAUCCGACGAUUCAAGUAAGAAUAAUGGAGACACGAAAUCCUUUGACUGGACUGUUUGCCAAACGGAAAACCAGGACCCUGUUGUAACUGAAAUGUCAAGUCGUCUUGUUAGUAGCCACUCGUUUGGCGACCACGAUAUGACUUAUGUAAGUGCACCAAGGAAAUCGGAACAACAUCGGCCUGGAAUAGGACGUUGGUUUGAAGAGUCACCAUAAUUUUGUCUAACUUUCUAUAUAUAACACAAUAAAAUUAUUUACAAUAUAUGUCGUAUACAUUAACAAAAAUAACCAAAAAACUUUAAUUUAUAUUGAAACAUAUGGAGGGGAAAAAAUAUCAGCAAAAAAUAAUAAUAAUAAAAAAAAG